CCUGCGCUCCGCGCGCGGCUCCGAGCGUCCCGUCCCGCCAGCGGCCUCGAGACCCGAGCAGCUAGGGAACAAACCGCAGCGGUCCAGGGAGCCCCGAGCGCAGCGUAGAGCCAGGGUACGCUUCGAGGACCCGCGCAGCCCCGCUCGGUCUCCGGGCCCUAGUCAGGCAGCCAGGCAAGCGCAGCGCCACCCGGCCGAGCCCAGCGCAGCGCUCCGUAGCCUAGCGCGCGCCGCCGCCCGCGCCCCGCACCGGGGAAUGCACCCUCGGCGCGCAGGCCAGGGGGCGCCCGCAGCCCGCCCCGGGGGAGGCGGCCCCGAGCGCCCCUGAGCCUUUCCAUGGCCCGGGCUAGGGCCCGGGGCCUCGGCUGCUGACGUGCACGAAGCCAGGGGAACCAGUGAAGCCGAGUCCGCGGUGCGGAUCCCGGCUCAGGCUCAGAGACAAGAGGGCGCGGACAGGGCCGUGGCCCCGGGGGGCAGCUAAAGCGGAUCGGCCCGAAGCGAACCUCUCUGCUGCUGCGGCGGCCACCGCUGCCCGGGAGCCCAGGCCCCGCCGCCCCGCCGUGGACGAGGUGCAUUUGUCACCAGUCCAUUAACAUCUGGAGAGAGGACAAACUGAAGCCUCCCUGUGUCCACCGUGGAGCUGGGCCAGGUGUCCACAGAACUGGAGCCUGCUUCCUGGGCCCCAGGCCCCUCCCACAAUGCUUGUCACUGGCAUCAUCCUCUGGGUUUCCCUGCUGACAGGGGCCUGGCCCGCUACUCCCAUCCAGGACCAGCUUCCAGCCACACCUAGAGUCCGACUGUCGUUCAAAGAACUUAAGGCCACGGGCACCGCCCACUUCUUCAAUUUUCUGCUCAACACUACAGACUACAGAAUCCUGCUCAAGGAUGAGGACCAUGACCGCAUGUACGUGGGCAGCAAGGACUACGUGCUGUCCCUGGACCUGCAUGACAUCAACCGAGAGCCCCUUAUUAUCCAUUGGGCAGCCUCCCCACAGCGCAUUGAGGAGUGCAUACUGUCAGGCAAGGAUGGCAACGGAGAGUGUGGGAACUUCGUCAGGCUCAUCCAGCCCUGGAACCGAACACACCUGUAUGUGUGCGGGACCGGCGCCUACAACCCCAUGUGCACCUAUGUGAACCGAGGCCGUCGAGCACAGGCCCCACCGUGGACCCAGAUGCAGGUGGUCAGAGGCCGAGGCAGCAGGGCCACCGAUGGUGCCGACCGCCCGACGCCUACAGCCCCACGCCAGGAUUACAUCUUCUACCUGGAGCCUGAGAAACUCGAGUCAGGGAAAGGCAAAUGUCCAUACGACCCCAAGCUGGACACAGCCUCAGCCCUCAUCAAUGAGGAGCUCUACGCAGGCGUGUACAUCGAUUUUAUGGGCACUGAUGCAGCCAUUUUCCGCACGCUUGGGAAGCAGACAGCCAUGCGCACGGAUCAGUACAACUCCCGGUGGCUCAAUGAUCCUUCAUUCAUACAUGCUGAACUCAUCCCUGACAGUGCGGAGCGCAAUGACGAUAAACUCUACUUCUUUUUCCGCGAGCGGUCUGCAGAGGCUCCACAGAACCCUGCUGUGUAUGCCCGCAUCGGGCGCAUCUGCCUCAACGAUGACGGUGGUCAUUGCUGCCUGGUCAACAAGUGGAGCACAUUCCUGAAGGCUCGGCUCGUCUGCUCCGUGCCAGGCGAGGAUGGUAUAGAGACUCACUUCGACGAACUCCAGGAUGUGUUUGUCCAGCAGACCCAGGACGUGAGGAACCCAGUCAUUUAUGCUGUCUUUACCUCUUCAGGCUCUGUGUUCCGAGGAUCUGCCGUGUGUGUCUACUCCAUGGCUGAUAUCCGCAUGGUCUUCAAUGGGCCAUUUGCUCACAAGGAGGGCCCCAACUACCAGUGGAUGCCCUUCUCAGGAAAGAUGCCCUAUCCUCGGCCUGGCACAUGCCCUGGUGGAACCUUCACGCCAUCGAUGAAGUCCACUAAGGACUACCCUGAUGAAGUGAUCAACUUCAUGCGUACCCAUCCACUCAUGUACCAGGCCGUCUACCCGCUGCAGCGGCGACCCCUGGUGGUCCGUACAGGUUCUCCCUACCGCCUCACCACUGUCGCUGUGGACCAGGUGGAUGCCGCUGAUGGACGCUAUGAGGUGCUUUUCCUGGGCACAGACCGCGGGACAGUGCAGAAGGUCAUCGUGCUGCCCAAGGAUGACCAGGAGGUGGAAGAGCUCAUGCUAGAGGAGGUGGAGGUCUUCAAAGAACCAGCACCUGUUAAGACCAUGACCAUCUCUUCCAAGAGGCAACAACUGUAUGUGGCCUCAGCCGUGGGUGUCACACACCUGAGCCUACACCGCUGCCAGGCAUAUGGGGCUGCCUGCGCUGACUGCUGCCUUGCCCGGGAUCCCUACUGCGCCUGGGAUGGCCAGGCCUGCUCUCGCUACACAGCAUCCUCCAAGAGGCGGAGUCGCCGGCAAGAUGUCCGCCACGGGAACCCCAUCAGGCAGUGCCGUGGUUUCAAUUCCAAUGCAAACAAGAAUGCCGUAGAGUCUGUGCAGUACGGAGUGGCUGGCAGCGCAGCUUUCCUUGAGUGCCAGCCCCGCUCACCUCAAGCCACUGUUAAGUGGCUGUUCCAGCGAGAUCCCAGUGAUCGGCGCCGUGAGAUUCGUGCAGAGGACCGCUUCCUGCGUACAGAGCAGGGGCUGUUGCUUCGCGCCCUGCAGCUUGGUGACCGCGGCCUCUACUCCUGCACGGCCACUGAGAACAACUUCAAGCACAUCGUCACGCGGGUACAGCUGCAUGUACUGGGCCGGGAGGCCGUCCAUGCUGCCCUCUUCCCCCCGCUGGCUGUGAGCGUCCCUCCACCUCCUGGCACAGGUCCUCCAACACCUCCUUACCAGGAGCUAGCCCAGCUCCUAGCCCAGCCGGAAGUGGGUCUCAUCCAUCAGUACUGCCAGGGUUACUGGCGCCAUGUGCCCCCCAGCCCCAGGGAGGCUCCAGGAGCACUUAGGCCUCCUGAACUCCAGGACCAGAAAAAGCCGAGGAACCGCCGCCACCAUCCUCCGGACACAUGAGGCCAGCUGCUGGAGGCCUACACAGGACCAGCCUAGCCCCUCAUCCCUUUUAAUAUAAAAGAUAUAUAUAUAUAUAAAAAUAUCUAUAUUCUAUACAUACCCGACCCCUGCAAAGACAGUAUUUAUUGGUGGGUUGUAUAUAGCCUGCCUCAGUGGCAGCAUUAUCCAGAACUUAGACCCAUGUUGGUCAGCAAUGGCACAUGACUGAGCAUGCCCAUCCUGGCCUAGGGAGUUGCCAGGGCCAGCCCAAGGCCACACAGUCCCCAGACUCCGUGGAAAUCUCCUUGCUGAACAGCUGUCAAGAUCUACAGAAUACAGGGAGGGAGCAAGCCCUAUUUGUCAGGGCAUGGACCAUAUACCUUUGCUGCUGAGUGUCAUCAGCUGUGCCUUGGCAUAGACAUGGACAUCGGAUUGCUGUGGAGUCUGGGGUCGGGGCUCAGGGCACUCGGAGGAGGGAGAAAGGGGCCAUCCCAGGAUACAGGCCCCUGCCUGGGUCAGAGGUGCCCAGUCAAGGCUAACCUUUCCCAGGUAUUUAUUCUCUAUUUAUUGGGGACAGAGGAGGAGUCUGUCUGGGUGAGGUAGAACCUUCUCUUCUCCCUUCCUUGCCUGUCCUGGCAGGUCUAGCCCACUCUACCUCCUUAGCUUUUCCUGUGCCGCCUCGACUCAUGGGUGGGGCUGGGUGCAGGCAUGGUUUAAAAGAACCCCCAGCCCUGAGGAUACAUGGGCCAUGGUGGAGGCCCAGGGCCUGUCUGGCAUCCCCAAGGCUCCCCUCUGCCCACUGCCUCAGGUGAUGGGUGUAAAUAGCUCUGGAGGCAGUGGAGUAGGUGGUCAGGGGCUCCUGCAGCCUCUGCUACCCAGGCCACAGUCACUCUUGGGUUCCAUCUUGCUAAUAAAUGCUGGCUCUGGGACUAGA